CAGAGAAACGAAAGCAGUCAAAGCCAAAGUGUUGGAGUGAACAGAAGAAACCGGAAGGGAAGCUAAUCAAAUUCACGAAAAAUGCCUUCUAAAAUUAUAUUGUACGGAGUGGAUCUGAGUCCUUGUGUCAGGGCUGCCAAACUGACACUGAAGGCUCUCAAUCUGGAUUAUGAGUACAAGCAGGUGAAUCUGUCGGCUGGCGAGCAUUUGAAAGAGGACUUCCUGAAAAUGAAUCCGCAGCAUACGGUGCCUGUGCUGGAUGACAAUGGGUUCAUUAUUUGGGAGUCGCAUGCCGUGAUCACCUAUCUGGUGGAUAAAUAUGGCAAAUCGGAUGAUGAGCUCUAUCCGAAAGAUGCGGUCAAGAGGGCGGUGAUAAAUCAACGCUUAUAUUUCGACGCCACUGUGUUAUUUUCUUCUCUGGCCGCUGUAAGUGGACCCUUCUGGCGUGCUGGAGUCACGGUGGUGCCACAAGAAAAGCUAGAUGCUGUCCAGGAGGCUCUGCGCCUAACUGAAGUUUUGCUUAGUGAUACCCACAUUGCGGGUAACUCGCUAACCCUGGCCGAUUUCAGUUGCGCCACCAUGGUCACUUCGUUGCCAGCGAUUGUUGAUAUUGAUCCUGGGAAGUAUCCAAAGGUUUUGGCUUGGCUGGAACGCAUUAAGCAGGAGGUUCCUUACUUCGAUGCGAUCAACAGUGGACCAGCCAAAGAAUAUUGCGAUUACCUAAGAAGUCAGUGGACCAAAUUGGGAGAUUAAAUUACUAUCCAACCCAUAAUUACCUACCACACAUACAUACACACAUACAUACAAACAUAUGAACAUACAUUUAAUAUU